CCAUUAUGAGAACAGACAUACAGUAUCGACGGGGGCUAUGGCUAUGAGUCUAUGACUGGGCCUUUUUUUCAUGUGCUGCUGCUGAAGGAAGCUUCCCCCCAAAUACUGGCAACCCCUCUCGCUCUCGCUCUCUCAAAAAAGGGCAUAUAUCAACCGGCAGGCUGAAAUUCAAACUCAGUUACAUAUAGAUCACCCACCCAUUCUCAACGGAAACGUCACACUCCGCCUCGUAUAAGGGAGACACUAGAACCGACGUCCAGAAUAAGAUAUCAGAACGAACGUCACUUGCAUUUCCACUACCACCACCGUCAACCCUACUCGCUACCACUGUACUUUCCUCCCAUGGCACGCUUAACCUGCGCACCACCAUCUCACCCUCCCAUGCUCACUCCAAACACUGAGGAAAUGUUGGAACUCGCCGCAGGGGUCACUGUCACGCCCUUCUUUGAGGGCGAAUAUCCGCCUCCUAAUGCACUGAGAGAAGGACUUGGAAGGAGGAGACUAUCGGCGACGACGACGGCGACCGCGAAGAGUAAUACGAGUGAAGGGAUUCAGGCCGCGACCGAGGCUGCUGUUGUUGAGGCGGUUAGGCAGUUGUCUGUGAAUGGUUCGAAAGAGGCAAAUGGCUCACCGACAAAGGCGAUCCCCAACGCACAAGAUGGUUUACAGACCUCACUAGACUCCUCUGACGACGUGGACCCAUUUGACCCAACAGUCCCCGAACCCUCCACAACGAGGUACCGCCCCGGCACCGAAUGCGUCUUCAUCGAGCCCGAAACCGGCAUCCGGGACAACUACAACGCCAGCUCGGUCCCCAUCUACCAAACCGCAACCUUCAAGCAAUCCGCAGCCUCCGAAAUGGGCGAAUACGACUACUCCCGCAGCGGCAACCCCACCCGCACCCACGUCGAAGCCCACCUCGCCAAACUCAUGGGCGCCAAACGCGCCUUCGUCGUUUCCAGCGGGAUGAGCGCACUCGACACCAUCUGUCGGUUGGUGAACGCGGGUGACGAGAUCAUCUCGGGAGACGACCUGUACGGCGGGACGAAUCGCCUCCUCAAUUUCCUUCAAACGCAUAACAACGUCAAAGUCCAUCAUGUCGAUACCACAUCCCUCUCCUGCAUCUCCGGCCGCCUCUCCUCCAAAACCCGCCUCGUGUUGCUGGAAACUCCCACCAACCCGCUCAUCAAAAUCGCCGACGUGCCCCAGAUUGCGAGCUUGGUGCAUGCGGCGAACCCGGACGCGUUGGUGGUCGUGGAUAACACCAUGAUGAGCCCAUACCUUCAGAAACCCCUCCUGCAGGGCGCGGAUAUCGUGUACCAUUCGGGGACAAAGUACCUGAGUGGGCAUCACGACCUUAUGGCGGGUGUUGUCGGGAUCAAGGAUGAGACCCUUGCCGCCAAAAUCUAUUUCAUAAUAAACGCCACCGGCGUCGGCCUCAGCCCCUUCGACGCGUUCCUCCUCCUCCGCGGCACCAAGACCCUCGCCCUGCGCAUGGACAAACAACAGUCCUCCGCCCUCACCAUCGCCACACAUCUCGAGAAACACCACAAUCUCCGCGUCCGGUACCCCGGGUUGGCUUCCCACCCGCAGUAUGAGCUGCAUCGGACGUUGGCGAGGGGACCUGGGGCGGUGCUGAGUUUCGAGACGGGGGACGUGAGACGGAGCGAACGGGUCGUGGAGGCGUGUCGGCUCUGGACUAUCAGUGUGAGUUUUGGCUGUGUUAACUCCCUUAUCAGCAUGCCAUGCAAAAUGUCCCACGCCUCCAUCCCGGCCCACGUACGAGCCGAGCGCGCAAUGCCGGAGGAUCUGAUACGGCUGUGUGUCGGCAUCGAGGAUGUGGAGGAUUUAUUGGAGGAUUUGGAUGCCGCGUUGGUUGCGGCGGGGGUUUAGAUGCGUUUGCGGGGGACUACCG